AUGGCAGGCGAUUGUGGAACGACCUGUCCGGCCUCUGAUGGCUUCUACUCAUACAGCCCCAGUGUAGGGGGCAACGCUGUGUUGCUUGUUAUCUUUGCUCUCCUUGCUCUGGCCGCCAUCUACUUUGGUAUCCGGUCCAAGACCUACCUCUUCUCCCUCGCACUCACCACCGGACUUUUUCUCGAAGUACUAGGAUUCGUUGGCCGUAUUCUGCUUCACUCGAAGCGAGAUAGCCAGAGCCACUUCUUCCUCUUUUUAUUCGGAACAGUCUUGGGGCCAUCGCUGAUUAGUGUUGCCAUCUUCAUAAUCCUUCCUCACAUCCUCGGCAUCUAUGGAGAGCCACUUUGUCCCUUUAGGCCACUUGUAGCUGGGCUUGUCUUUUGGGGACUCGCUGCAGUCACUGUGUUGUUCGAGCUUAUCGGCAUCGUCUUUACGGCAUAUGAAUCAAAUGGAGUCACACGGAAACAAGGAGCAGCCAUCACAGCUACAGGCUUGGCCAUUCAAGCUUUGUCAUUGAUAGCAUGCACCGGGCUACACUUCUGGUUCACCCUCAGCUUGAGCACUCGUCGAGGAACCCUUGACGCCCGGCACUCACAGGUCUACUCUUCUUCUCGAUUUAAGAAGUUUCUCCUAGCAAUGGAGAUGGCAUCUGCUCUCUUGAUUGUUUACUCCUUCUAUCGGCUAGUCGAGUUUGCAGAUGGUGUUUCGGGGGAUGUCUUUCAGAACGAGGCUGCUUUCAUGGUUGUUGGAGGACUUCUCCCCUUCUUAGCCGCAGCCCUCUUGACAGCCAUCCACCCAGGCAAUGCCUUUGCUGAUGCCUGGGCCCCUACAUCACCUCGCGGGAUCAAACGUCAGAGUCGACCGACCCCUGUACAAUCUCCCACCCCUAGUGGCCAUCCAGUCCACCAUUUAUAUGACCCCGACAUCCGCAAGCAGAUCUCACCGACGUCACCAAAACACCGGAACUCAGCUGGACCACCUGAGCUUCCACAGGGGUCCAUUGGCCUGCCUGCGCAUCCGAAGCCGGUGCCAAGGCCCCCGAGUCCUCGAGACCCUAAUGCCCCGCGUAAGGGGCCACCUGCACCGCUGAAUCUGGCGGCUGUGCGUGCAUCACGAAAUAGUUACAGGGCAGAACAGAGGGGUCAUGCACCAAAGGAUAUGGUUCCCGAUGGAGAACUGUGGUAA